UGGGUCAUGAUGGCCAGCGCAGCGAGAUUCCUUCCAUACACCCACCAUGCCUGUCAGAUCGGGCCGAAAUGCAUUUACCAACCUUUUUCCUGCAGCAUUGCAAGCCAGAACGGAAUACUGGUCCCCGUUCGCCAGGCAAUAUAAAAGCAGCUGGGGGACUGUGGCCCGUCGUUCCAUCUCAACUAGAGAGACAGGACGCUGCUCUUACCAUUUCCUCUUCGCCUUUUUCUGUUCUCAUACAUAUCCAUCAUGUGGUUUGCGCAAACGUGUCCAGCACUGGAGGGUCAAAGUGCAAUCUGGUGGCUCGACCGCUUCUUCGGUACGUGCAUUUACAGCUACACCGAUGCUGCCAGCUCGCUCCUGGGCACCCUGACCAUCGGCCUCUGGUUCGUCGCCCUGUUACCGCAGAUUUACGAGAACUGGUUGCGCAAGUCGACAGACGGACUGUCGACACACUUCAUGUUUCUCUGGCUCAUUGGCGACUCGAUGAACACGCUCGGAUGCAUUAUCCUGAAGCAGCGGCCAUUCCAGAUCUUCCUGUCCUCGUACUUUGUCGUCUCCGGCAUCAUCCUGAUCAUCCAAUACUUUUUGUACCGCGGCAAUACCCCGAGGCUGACCGAACCAGCACCAGAUGCUACAGAAUACACCAGCCUUUUGCCUAGCAGCGAUGAUGGGCGGAAAAUGCCGUGGCAGCGCAAGUCCGUGUGGUUCAUGGUGGCGUGGGUUGGCGGGGUUGCCCUGUUCUGGACGGUUGUCAGGCACUGGCAUGUCAUUGGAUCGAGCAUCAACAUGCAGGCAGUAGGCAUGGCGAUGGCGUGGGGCAGCACCAUGUUUUUCCAUAUAUCGCGUCUGCCCCAGCUCUGGCUCAACUGGAAGCGGCAGAGCGUCGAGGGCCUGGCAAAAUCCAUGUUCAUGGUCACAUUCUCUGCCAACGGCACGUACGCAAUCUCGCUGAUCAUCAUCAUGGCCACGGGCGAUGCCGAUGUGUUCCGGAGGUCGCUGGCGUUCCUCUACGGAGCCAUUGGCUCGAUGCUGCUCGACGUCUUCGUGCUGAUGCAGUGCUACAUGUUCGAUCGCUGUGCCAAACCGACCCACCACCUAAUCGAGGCGUAAUCCCAUUUCUGAUUACUUGACUAUUAUCAUACUAUUAACGCAUCUAGAUCAU